UAUAUCUUAAUCAUCGGUCAGUUUAAGUAAUGAGCAGCCCAAUGUUUUGGAACAUGAUGACGAUAAUUGCUGGACUUAGCAUGCUGCUGAUGAUUUCAGAUGCUGAAAUCCAGUGUAUACAGGGAGCUAACAGCACUGCUCCUUUCGUUAAUUGUCCUGUCGGUACUGUCUCCUGUUAUAGGCCCAAGCUAACAGAGCAUGUAGGGUUUGCCAGCGGAGUGGAUUACGGAUGUGGGCCGUGUGACCCGGAACUCUCGUUUGAGUGUGCGGAAUGCAGCGUGUCCGGGUGUAACCAGCCACCAGUGCUGGAGGAGAGUUACUCGUGCUACAACUACAAAGUAGCAGGAGGUGCUAUCACCAGACACCCAACUCUCACCACCUGUUGGAGAUCUAAAGGCUCAGCUAUCACCUGCAACAUGCCGGCCAGUACAGCAGAUUACAAAAGUGUUAGUGGUUGUGGACCAUGCGGGGAGACAGCAAAAGAACGGGGGACAUGUGUAGAAUGUUAUUCAGACUCUUGCAAUCAGAUCGUAAGAGAGAGUGAUCGUGCCCAUCUCCACCACCGAACAAGAAGAUCAGUCUCCGCUGAAUGUGUCUCCCAGUGUCCUUACAGCUAAUUGGUCACUAAUUGGUCACUAAGUUUCCCUACAGUUAAAGUUACGUUCCUCUUCUACAUAUCUAAACUAUUAGUUGUGCGACUUUUCCAUGUUAUCUGCUAUGCAGCUUAUACUGAGCGACCAAAUUCAGAAAAUGUCUUAAUAAUGAAAAACCAAUACAAAGCUAAGAAAAUAAGCAUUCGCACAUCGUGAUAAUGAUUAAUAUUAUAUUUAUAUCUCGAGUCAUAAAUGCUUAAAUAGUAAACUGGUUACUGGAAGCUCUCAAUCCGUUCCUCUUUUUGUGCUCAUCUCUCCUUACGUGCUCAUGCUCGAGGCCGGUUGCUGAUCACUCGACACUCAAGCAACAUAUAUUUUGUUAUAUUAAUGCUAUUCAUGCAAACAAGUAAAACGAAUCUGUUAUGUCAUGUAUCCUAUAUGAUUUUACAUUUUAAUUUUUUCUACAGAACAAACAGCAUUCAUAAAUAUUUUUAACUAAUAACGGGGGAUGACGGGGAUGCAGGCCUCAGUUUGUGUUUGUUGUUUUGAUCUACAAAUAAAGAAGAGUGUAUAAUGAAGUUCAAUUAAUUAAAUUCUUUUGAAUAAAUAAAGGUAACCAUUAUGUGUCGAGAUUAUUAUUUUUCUCUUAUAGUUUAUUCCAUCUGAUGUCUGAUUGUACCACCAUGUCUGUCGUAUAAUAUAGUUUUUAGACGUUAGUGUUACGAAUAAGCAGUUUAAAGGAAAUUGAGAAUUUUUUUGUUGGAGAAUUCUAAAUUAUUAAAGUUUUAUCUUUGUUUGGACAGCCGCUCUGACAUUAGUAGCUAGUACCAUUCUUGGUUACUAGUUGCUAAUAUGAGCGGGAUAUAAAUACUUUGUUAUUAUUAUUAUAAAGGGUCUCAAUAAGAGGUCUCGACUGCAUAGGCGUCAAACCUUGGCAGUCGGUAGUUUUCCUCUGGCCCGGGAUCAGCUGACCCUAGGGACCAGAGGGUAAAGGUGUAGAGACUAUGUGUAUCUACAAAUCUUUCGAGGUUGUUUUUACAAGAGACAGGGCUUGCUACGCAAGGGAAGAAAACCGGGAGAAACAAUCACAAAUUAUACAAAUAAAUAUUAUAAAACCUAGCAAAAAGAAAUUCAAACAAUCCUACACUACUACAAAUGUUUAUUACAUACUACAAUGUAAUACACGAUAAAUAAAUGCUGUAUAAACAAGAAACAGGGCUUGCAGGGCAAGGGACGGAACACAGGGACUGGCUACAGAGUGUAUAAAACAGUGAUUCAGCAAGUACCCAUUGGGUAUUGCUGAAUCUGACCCACAAAAUACCACAAUCAAUACAAGAAUAUACAAUAUUUAAACAAACAUCAUGUUUAUACAAGAAUCAGGGCAUGCAGAGC